CUGAACUCAGUUUUUGCCUUGGGUGUGUCUCUGGAUAGUCGGAAUCAAAGGAGUAGCUUUACAGGUGCUUGGGCUGGUGCUGAAGCUUCUUCUGUGAAAUGUAAGUUGCAGGGUAGCAUUCAUCUACCUGCAUUCUCAAUGGAUGGGGACUUCAUUAUUGGGGGUGCUUUCUCUCUUCACUCCUACACGCAAACAGUGAGCCAUGAUUAUACCAUCAUGCCUGAGCCAGUAAGAUGCAAAGGGAGCAUAAAUGCCGAUGAGCUGCAGUUGUCACAUGCAAUGGUCUUUGCCAUAGAAGAGAUUAACAACAAUACAGAGCUGCUGCCCGGAAUCAGGCUUGGGUAUCAGAUCUAUGACUCAUGUGCAUCAGUUUCCAUGACAGUGCAUUUGGCAUUUCAGUUUUUGAAUAGCUUGGACCUUGUGUUUCACACUGGCAAAAACUGCUCCCAGUCAGGUAUGGUGAUGGCUGUUGUUGGUGAGUCUGGGUCUACGCCAUCCAUCAGCAUGUCACGGAUCAUCAGUCCCUUUAACAUUCCUCAAGUGAGCCCCUCUGCCACAUGUGCAUGCUUGUCUGACAAGCAGCAGUACCCAAGGUUUUUCAGAACAAUCCCCAGUGACCAGUUUCAAGCUGGUGCGCUAGCUAAGCUGGUAAAACAGUUUGGCUGGACUUGGAUAGGUGCUGUUCGAUCAGAUACAGAUUAUGGAAAUAACGGCAUGGCAUCUUUUCUAGAAGCAGCAAAGAAGGAGGGGAUUUGUGUGGAAUACUCUGUAUCUUUCUAUCGGACCCACCCACAUAGCAGGAUUCAGAAAGUAGCAGAUGUUAUCCGCAGAUCUACAUCUAUGGUAGUGGUGGCAUUUGCACCAUCUGGAGACAUGAGGAUCCUGCUGGCAGAACUUUCACGUGAGCCUUUCCCACCUCGACAAUGGAUAGGCAGUGAGUCAUGGGUGACCAACCCGGGAUUAAGGAAGUACAGUUUUCUCGCUGGGACCAUUGGAUUUGGAAUUCAGAAAUCUGUAAUCCCAGGUUUCAGAAACUUCCUGUUGAAUCUCUCUUUUGCUCAAGUGGCUGUAUCACCACUGCUUACUGAGUUCUGGGAGGAUUCCUUCAACUGCACAAUAAAAGAAAGAAAGAAAGUAUGUAAUGGAACUGAAGAUAUAAAGACUCUCCAAACCCCGUACACUGAUACAUCUCAGCUUAGAAUUAGUAACAUGGUGUACAAGGCUGUGUAUGCAAUUGCACAUGCCAUUCAUAAUGCAUUAUGUCAGGGAAGAAAUGUCACAGCUCAGUGUGACAAACUAACCAAAUUACAGUCCAAGCAGAUUCUAACUGAGCUGAAGAAAGUACAUUUUUCCCGAAAUGGAUAUGAUGUGUCAUUCGAUACUAAUGGGGAUCCUGUGGCUAUUUAUGAGUUGGUUAACUGGCAGAAAACUAUGGCUGGCAUAACUGACAUAGUGAAUGUAGGGCUGUAUGAUGCAUCACUGCCAGAGGGCCAGGAGUUCCAGAUUAACAAAAACAUCAUCUGGAUGGAGGGCAGCACGAAAGUGCCAGUGUCAGUGUGCAGUGGGAGUUGUCCUCCAGGAACUCGUAAAGUGCUGCAAAAAGGAAAACCCAUUUGCUGCUAUGACUGUACCGCAUGUCCUGAGGGAGAGAUUAGUAAUACUACAG